AUGAUGAUGCGACUGGUUUUAUUCUGCGCCAUACUAAGCGUGUCGUUCGCAUAUUCUGGAUACAAACAAUACAUCCCUAAUGGUCGUAACGUGCCUAACCCCUGUCCACACGGCAAAGCCACGUGGAGUGCUGCAGGACACACCGAUUCUCAUGGAGGCGGCGCUAGGAAUCUGUUUGGAAUGGACUUUGCCUCUUCUGCGCAUGUCUGGACACAUGACUUAUGCAUGACCGACUCAGAUUUAGAUGGCAAGCGCAAUGGAGAGGAACUAGGGGACCCGCACUGUAAGUGGUCACCUGGCCAAACACCCGAUAGUGCUGCCACGGGUCAUCCAGGAAUCUGCGAACCGAUAAAUGACCCAAAAUGUCAGUCUGUUAAUCUUCACAUUGUUUGUUAA